CUGAAACACACAUUAACUACGCGUAUAAAUGCAAUAGUAGCAGUUAGUCUAAGAGCCAUGUGUCAUACAUAUAUGGCCUAUUGUAUUCGUAUAAAGUCCUAAGACAUUACAUUCUAAGUAUGGAAGCAUCAAUAGCCUAUAGAAAAGAAGACGUUAAAACAUUAUUAUUUAGUAUCAAUCUCGAUCUUGGAGGUACUACAUCUGUUUGAAAAAAAUGAGGCCCAAUUUAGAAUUUUUAAAGUUAAUUAUAAGGCUACUCAUAUUACUUAUAUUGUUUGUGAUGUUAUUUAUUAUAUCUGCAUUUUUAUACAGUGCAAAAUAUUGGCCUGAUAUGUAUAAUUAUAUAAAUGCGAAUAUAACUAUUAAAAGAAUCCCAACAAUAUCUGAACUUCAUCCGGUUAUAGUUCACGAAACUGACUACACUACAGAAUUAUAUUCAACAACAGAUGGAAGUGAUUACUUAGAAGUAACUACAAAUGGCGGUGAUUUUGAUUUAAACUUUGAUGAUUUUAUGAAUGAAGGCGCAGAUGACAGAAGGAGAAAAAGACAAAUACCCGUGGAGGAAAUGAAGGUUAAUAUUGAAAUUGUCAAAGCUAAUUACGAUUACGUUUUCGAUUUCGACGUAACUACUGAAUCUUUUAUUGAAAAUGUAGUUAAUGAAACCAAAUUUACUACGACUGAACCGAAUCAUUUUGAAAUAAUUACGAAAUACGACGAUUGUGUCAAAGAAAAUAAAGAAAACUCGUCCGGGAGACUACUGAAUGUAAGUAUAAAACAUAUUUCACUUUACUUACAUACAGUGUCCUUAGCCAUUGGACAAAGCCAAAAUAGAGAAGACGUAAUAAAGAUGUUUGUGAAAUUGAAUCUACUUGUGAUUUGUGCCGUGCUACUUAAUUUUGGUGAUUGCAAUAAUUGUGAUGGUGUUUUCAAAUGUGUUAUGAAUAAAGUAGGCGAUGCGAUAUCGGCCAAUUUAAAUGUUACAAUAGAUAAUAUUGAAGACACUUCAGAAAAUAUUUCUAUAUUAGAUAAAUUACAAGAUAAUAAUGAUAAUUUACUGACUAACUUGACUCGUUUCUUAGUGCAAAAAUUUUCUGGUCUCAUUAUAGAGAAUCCUGUGCUAAAGACACUUGGAAAAAAUACUGAAAUUUAUAUACAAACAUUUAAAAUAAAUGAAAGCGCCUAUGAAAAUAAACCGAUUGACAAUACCAUUAAAUCUGAUAUGUUUGAUAUGAAGAGCAAUGAUACAAAUUUUCAUAAUAAUACUAGUAUCAUCGUGUUAAGAGAAGAUAAUACAAGUAAUAAUUAUAAUAAAUCUGUAAUUAACGAACCCAUGUAUGAAAAAACAGCAACAAAUUCAACAAUAAGAACAUAUUUGAUCGAAACAAAUAACUCUGAUAUAAAUAGUGUAGAUAAAAUAAAUAAAUCAAAGUUUGAACAUACAACUUACAAUGUGAAUUAUACAACCAAGCAGGGAACAGUCACUUCUGUUUCUUUAAAUGCCGAUGAUAUUCCAGAAAAAAAAGAAGAUAUUGAGGUUACCAUAGAAAACUUUACUGAGAUACCUGCGGUUACAGUAAAAGUGAGUAAUAAAAAUAACAGUGACAUAUAUGCGAAAAAUGGAAUGAAUAUUCAACUGCAAGUCUCAACUCAUAAAAUAAAUAUGAUAAGUGAAACAAUUAACGUUAGAGACAAUUAUAUUGAUGACACGAACGAUCUUUUUCGUGACAUUAAUGAGCCUGUUCAUGAUAACAUGACAGAUUAUCUGGAUAUCGAUUAUGUUGAUAUGUAUAAAGAUACAACGAAUGAAGAUGUUCAAUAUACAUCUGCUGUCUACAUACCUACAACUACAGUUGCUACAAAAAUUAUGAUUGACCAGAAAACAGCUGACAAAAUAGACUCUGUGUAUCCAUGGAUAGCUACUGUGUUUAUAAUGAACCGAGACAACAAACAAUUUGAAUACAUUUGCGAUGGCAUUCUACUCUCCAAACGUGUUGUUCUUACUGCUGCCCGAUGUGUCAUUAAAUCAAAUGUGACAGUGGAUGCGGACAACAUUCUAAUUAUCAUGGGCAAGAGAUCCUUGCAGUCUACGGGAGCUAAUGAAAAAGUUUUAAGGGUAAAGUCCAUCAAGAUCCACGACAACUUCGUUUCAAACGGAGAAAUGACGACGCCGAAUGAUGGCGACUUGGCGAUCGCCGUGCUGGCCGAGCCCGUGGUGCUAAACAUUGAUAUACAGCCUGCUCCUUUGGGGCUCGAUGAUAAAUCGGCCCCGCUUGCAACAGCCACGACAGGCUGGCAUGCAAGUGGCCCUUUGCAGCCGCUAUACUUGGAACUAGAGUCUACGGAAAAAAAUAUUAUGGACGUCAACUGCAAAAAAUUGUUUUGUGCAACUCUGGGUGAUAGUGAAACCACAUGUCCCAGCUAUGGGGGUUUGCUUAUAGAACGCCAGGAUGAUUACCAAUGGAGGCUGAAGGGAAUAGCCAGUGGCAGCCCCACGAACACGGGCGUAUGUUUCAACAAACAUCUUACGUUUACUAAAAUAGAAAACUAUUUUGACUGGAUUAAGGAAAAUUUACAACAAACGUCUAGCAUAUAA